AAUUAGAGGGGAAUUUCAAUUAGGGAGUUAUGUUUGUCAUAGUUCAAUAACACGAUGCUAUUUAUAAAUAACCAAUGUGAUGUCGAUAAGAAAAGACGCUUUGAAACGAUAAGGAAUGAGCGUCGCUUUUUGUGCAUAUGCAGUAAAGAUAAGGAAGCUCAUUUAAUCAACAGAGCUCGAGUAGGAAACUUCUGUGAAGCAGAGAAUAUUUUUACUCUGAGUUGACAUUACAUUAUUUUGCAUUUCUACCUAAUUUCAACUUGUGAACUGUUACACAAUGUCAAAACGAAGGAACCAGAUUGACAACGGCGAGAAGAAGAAACUAAAACUGAACGAGAAAGACAAUCCUGAAGAAAUUGAAUUAAGUGAAAUUGACGACGACAAACAAAUUUGUUCAAGCUCAACACCCACCGCAUCCAAGUCAAAUUCAAAAGAGUAAGUUGAAAGUGUAAAACAUUCUGAUCGUUAUACAAUUUUCAAUUUUCUAAUUAUUAUUUUUGUUUUAUUCGUAAAAAAAGUUCAAAAGAUCAAACAUAUCGAAAGAAAAAUUUAGCGACAGAAAAGUUCAAAUGUGAGACUUGUGGUUUGGUUUGUGCGACUAAUGUGUACCUAUGGCGUCACAUUGCUACCCAGCAUGAAUUGGAUGAUUUGUAAGCCGAGUUCGAUACUAAUUUACAAUGUAAUUAUAAUACUCAUUCAUAACUAAUUAAUAAUGUUACUAUAAUUGUAUGUAGACCGAAUUGCAUUCUUGAUUCCGUGAAUCCAAUUCUAGUGAAAAGAGCGACGACGUUGGAGAUGUGGGGGAACGAGGAGGAAAUUGUGAUAACCCCAGCACGUGAAAAAUUGUUUGAAAAUUUCGACAAGCACAGGAAUGCCAAAAUAAGCUCCAAACAAAAUAACAAUUACUCCUCCGAUUACUUGGUCCUCUUUAUUCCAGAAGCCUUUCUCUACAGAGACGGAAGAAUACUGAUAGCAAGAGAAGUGAAAUCUUGGAUAAAAGCCAAUCAAUCCAAGAUCAUGCAUCUCUAUUGGUACAUUGGCACAAAAGUUGGGGUCAGUGUCGGAAUCGACCCACAUCAUUUUUCAAAAGCGGGGAGGAUCGCCUCUGUAAUUUAUGACCACGUCGUCAACAGAGGAUUCAGAGCCUUUCUUGUGAAGCAGUGGGUGUUUGAUCGUCCGGAAAAGGAAGAUAACGUCAAGAAUGCUAGACUUUUGGAGGCCUGGAUUCAGGCGAUAGGAGUGAUUUACAAAAAUCAGAAUUUUCGAUCGCCAUUCCCUCUGCUCAAGUACAGCACCCUCAAUGUCAAGAUUGAAGAACCUUUCUACAAAUUGGAGCGGACCUUGCAGGAUGAAGCAUACAACAUCGCCGGAAACUUCAACAAGCCAUUGCUUUGUUUAGAUGACAAGUGUUCCGUUGCUCAUCAUGUUCUUCCUGAUUUUAACGAGCGUAACGGUGUUAGAUGUAAAGGGGAGGGGUUAAUUGAGUAUGAUAACCAGGGGAAAGUAGUUCGGGUCAAAUGGAACGGGGUUCAUUUAAAUGAGAUUGUUGAGAUUGGGGUUGAUGGCAAAAUUGUAAAAGAUUAACUAUGUGCCCCUUCGAGUUACUUACAUUCCACUUUCACUGUAUUCCUUUACAUAAUAUUGAUUUCUAGAUGUAUCGAGUUAUUAUUAACUAUGCAAAUGUACUAAUUCAAUUUUAAUGCAUAAUAUACUGUUUGAUAAGUGAGAGCUAUUCUGCGAAUUUACUAAUAAACUGACUUCUUAUCAUCUUAAUUUGUAUACGUGUAUUCAUUUAUCUGUCUAACUACAGAUUUGCAUAGUAUUAUUACGUGGCAUAUUUUA